CUGCAUCCUGCAGUCUUGCCUUGGCGCCUGAGCCCGAGCCCUCUUGGUGCGCAGGCUUAGUGUUGUGAGACACCCCGAAUCGAGCGUCGCUCCUCGAACCGCUCCCCGAGCUGGAACGCAAGCGACCCUUGUCUCGCGAACAGCCGUUGACCUGAGACCCCUUGCAGGGCAUCGACCACGACCAAGGAGAGAUCCGCGAACCAGAGUGUCGUUGCGCGCGCACGACUGGAGGCGCGGAACCCUAUCACGCUCACUCAGUUUAUGCCGAAUAUACCGGCCUCACGAAAUUCACGAUGAAGACGACGACAUUAAGCGCGGCCACGGCCGCCAUCUUUUUUGGUGCGCAGCAGUUCGUUGGCGCAACACAUGCCCACCGGAUGGCACACCAGCACUACGAGAGGAGACAUCACGCCCAUGGCCACGUCGCGCGCACUGAUGCCAUCUCUGCGCCUAUGUCGGUCCCGGAGCUCGGCGUCACCACGGCGCCGGCCGAGGAGGCCAGCCUGGACAAGAGGAGCGGCGACUGCUCGCUGCCCGAUGACUCGGACCUGGUCGCCGUGACCAGCAACAUGAUGAAUAAGGGCUUCGCCAUGUCUCCAGACCAGGCCUGCAAGUCGGGCAUGUACUGCCCCAUCGCCUGCAAGCCCGGUAAGGUCAUGGCCCAAUGGAAGCCCAACACGUCCUACAAGGUCUCCGAGUCGAUGAGCGGUGGCCUGUAUUGUGACAACGGGAAGGCCGUCAAGCCGUUCCCUGAAAAGCCCUACUGCAUCGAUGGCACGGGCAGUGUCACGGCCGUCAACAAGUGCGGCAAGGUCGUCUCGUUCUGCCAGACAGUCCUGCCUGGUAACGAGGCCAUGCUCAUCCCCACCGAGGUGAGCGGCUCCUCGGUCCUUGCCGUCCCUGACCCCAGCUACUGGGCCAGCACCGCUGCCCACUUCUACAUCAACCCUCCCGGAACUUCUGCUGCCCAGGGCUGCAUCUGGGGUUCCGACGCCAACCCCGUCGGAAACUGGGCUCCCUACGUGGCCGGCGCCAACACGGUUGCCGACGGUUCCAGCUAUGUCCAGAUCAGCUGGAACCCCAUUUACCAGGACUCCAAGUUCGCCGGCACCAAGCCUAGCUUCGGCGUCAAGAUUGAGUGCAACGGCGGCGGCUGCAACGGCCUCCCCUGCGAGAUCGACCCCUCCAAGUCGGGCCUCAAGGGUGUUACCAGCAACAACAGGGCAACGGGUGCUGGCGGUGCCGACUUUUGCGUCGUCACCAUCCCCAAGGGCUCGAGCGCCAACAUCGUCGUCUUUAACACGGACGGCUCGACCGGCGAGCCCGAGAAGACGACCACAUCGCCUCCUCCCGCGCCCAAGCCGACUACCACCUCGACCAGCACGACGCCGCCGCCAACCACCAGCUCUUCGAGCUCUUCAACAGCCUCGGCGACAACGUCUUCCUCGUCCUCGGAGGAGCCGACGAGCUCAUCGAGCUCCCAGUCGGUGCCUACCGUCCACCCUGGUAUUUUCCAGGAGAACGGGACGACGGCAAGCACCACCAUGAUGCGCCCGACCACCACCCCGGGCAGCAUCUUCACUGCCUCCACUACCAAGUCGGCCCCACAGCCGACCGAGUCCAAGAACGAUGGAGUCAGUCGGGACAAGGGCGGAGCCGCCGUCGCCGGGCUCAUUGUCGCCAUUGUCGCUGCGGCCUGGAUGUACUAGUUACGCUGCGCCACAUCUUUCUACUACCCUGCUGGGCUUCUUUGACUUCCUCUUCGCUUCUACAACUAUGCCCAGCAAGCAUGCGCCGGUUAUGCUGCUUCGGCUCUACUUUUGCUCCUCGACUUUGAGCCCUCUUUCGACUUCACUAAACUUAAACC